GAUAUAAGUGAAUUUUUUUAUUUAUUAAAAACUAAGCAAAAACAAAAUCUUGUGGACGCUGUAGUUUUCUCAUGAGUUGUAUGGUUUUGAAUGGUCAACUUGGUCAAUAGUGUUUCUUCUUUUUAACAUCCUUGCCAACUCGUUUCACUUUCUUCCAAGAUACUAGGACUUUGCCUUAACGUGGAAAUAUAUAUAUAUAUUAAAAAACUUUUAACUAGGUUAUUCUUUUUCAAUGGAUUAAAAAUAAAUAAAUAAAAGCCUAAUCCCCCUCCUCUUCAUUCCCUCUCUCGCAACUAUGGUUUCCAGCUCUCUCCCACUUGUCUUAUCCGCAUCUUCAUUUCCUUCAAGUUCUAAUCCUGAUUCAUCUCCCACGUCUACUUUUCUUCGGCCUAUAUCAUUUAAGCUGUGCAAACCCAAUCCUAUAUUCUCAAAACCUCUCAAAUACCCGCCGUUGAAGCUUUUGCGUUGUUCCUCGAACGAGACCGUUGAAGAUGGGUCGGUGGAGCAGUUUUUUAGCAACAACUCUGUAGCGGAUUUCUUGAGAUUAAAGAGAGGGAAUCACAGGAACAGGUGCGAGUUGCAGACUGCUGUUGUCAGUUAUCGUAAGAGGCUUCCCUCGUCUAUUCUUAACCCUUUUGUUCAGGUUGAUUUGGUCUCAACGAUUCAUAUCGCGGAUAAAGACUUUAGGUACUUUGAAACCCUUCAAAAGGAACUUGCACAAUAUGAUUGUGUUCUGUAUGAGAUGGUGGUCAGCAGGGAGAGUUUGGAAAAUAGAAGGAACCCUACAGCAGCAAAAAGGCUCAAAAGUUCACGUUCACGGGGUUUCAAUAUUCUAAGAUCCAUGCAGCAGCAGAUGGCUCGAAUACUUAUGCUUGAUUUCCAAUCAGAUUGUCUUGAUUACCAGGAUGAUAAUUGGUACCAUGCAGAUCUUGACUACGAGACCUUUAAGUUACUUCAGUUUGAAAAAGGUGAAAGUUUCUUCACAAUUGCUAUGGAUGGGGCCCUUAAAUCAACAAAAGCUUUAAUACAGCCUGCUUCAAUCCCUGAGGACCUUGAUUCUUGGAGAUCGAAGCUUCUUUGGGCUUCACGUGUGCUAACUAUGCCUCUUGUGGGUCUUCUGAAUAUUGUUGGUGUUUGUGCGGAUGUGGAAAGCCAGGCUUCUGAUUAUCUAGAAGUUGAAGCUUUAUCAAUGCUUGACUUUGGUGCUGCUAUGAAGGUUUUCCUGGCAAAAGUAUUAACUUCUGAGUUCACACAAGUGACAGCUUUUCCGGAAGGGAAAUCUGUUGUCAUUGGUGAGAGGAACCGAGCUGCCAUAGAAGCACUCAGAAGAGCAAUUGAUGAUGGUCAUAAUAAGAUAGCUAUACUGUAUGGGGGUGGCCACAUGCCGGACAUGGGGAGGCGCUUAAGAGAGGAAGUUGACCUGGUUCCUUCCCGUGUACGGUGGAUAACAGCUUGGUCCAUUACACUACGAGAUUUCCCGAGCAGUUCCUUUCCAUUUUUGAAGACAAUGGCUGAAGUUUCUGGCUGGUCAUUGAAUCGAUCCCAAACAUUGGCAUUGCUUAUCUUUUCUUCAGUCCUCGCAUUGGAUCUCUGGUUCUGUGUACUCUUUGGUGGAACUGCAGUUAACUGGAUCUCAAAAAUAGCUUCAAAAGUUGUUCAAUAAGUAGAUAAUGCAUAGGUGAUGUGAUUAUAGCUGUAAAUGAAAUGAAUAUGAAUGAACAAACAUAAAUCUAUGAUUUCUUUAUUUAUUUUUAAAGGUGUUCAUGUU